GUCAUUUGGAUCAGGCCAUCGGCUGACGUGAUUCACCGUGUGAAAAGGCGGUUGUCACGUAAAUUCACUAUACACAGUACAACCGCAAGUAAAGAAGAUGGGUGCCCAGUGUACCAGGACAGAUUUCGAAUGGGUGUAUACACAAGAACCCCAUGCGACAAGGCGAAAAGAAAUACUUGCAAAGUAUCCUGAGGUAAAACAGCUGAUGGGGAUUGACCCCAAACUAAAGUAUAUAGUCACAGCUAUGGUGUUAGCCCAAGUGGUAACAGCUUAUUUCAUGAGAGAUGCAUCAUGGGGACUCAUACUACUAGUGGGUUAUUGCUGGGGUGGUGUAAUAAACCACUCCAUGACUUUAGCCAUUCAUGAGAUAUCACAUAAUCUUGCUUUUGGACACUCCAAGCCACUGUGGAAUCGUUUUCUAGGAAUGUUUGGAAAUCUUCCCCUUGGGAUUCCAUACUCCAUCUCUUUUAAGAAAUAUCAUCUAGAGCACCACAGAUACCAAGGAGAUGAUGAACUUGAUGUUGAUAUCCCCACCAAACUUGAAGGCAGACUUUUCCAUUCGACAUUUACUAAGUUCAUAUGGGUGCUCCUACAGCCUUUCUUUUAUGCACUGCGCCCAUUGUUCUUGAGACCAAAGAAGAUAGAAAUGUUGGAAGUUAUAAACUUCCUUAUGCAGCUUGUAUUUGAUGUUCUUAUCUACUAUUUCUUUGGCUGGCGUUCACUGGCUUACUUGGUUUGUGGCACUUUUCUUGCCAUGGGUCUUCACCCAGUUGCUGGGCAUUUUAUAUCUGAGCACUAUAUGUUUAAGAAGGGGUACGAGACCUACUCCUACUAUGGCAUCCUGAACUGCAUCACUUUCAACGUGGGUUACCAUAACGAGCAUCAUGACUUCCCUAAUGUGCCUGGUUGUAAUCUACCCAAGGUCAAAGAGAUAGCACCAGAGUACUACAACAAUCUACCCUGUCACCACUCCUGGUCUAAAGUCAUAUGGGACUUCAUCACUGACCCUGACAUUGGUCCAUACGCCCGUGUCAAGAGACCGGCUCAGUUCUCCCAGGGGACACAGACAAAGAGCGAUUAAAAUCACUUGCCUAACAUUGUGCUAUUAUAGUGAAAAUUGAAAUUUCCAAUGAAGCCACCCUCAAAAUGGAAAUAGAGGACUGUUCAUUAACACCCAGGACAGUAAAAAUCAGAAAUAAGAAGCUCAAAACAAGGUUGAUAGAGACUGUUAUAAAGAAAAAAUUGCUUAAAUUCUUAGAAAAAUGUUUUACUGUAUAAAAGUCUAACAUGCUUUGUGUCUUCUAUCAUUGUGUUAAGAAACAUUCAGUUUUAUACAUCUUUAAGAGAACUUCAUCUCAUAGGUGAUGGUUUCAAGAUAUUUUGGCUUCUUGAUUCAGUAUUAUUAAACUAAUGAGAGCUUAGAUUUUUUUGAGACUGCUUUUUAUACCUUUAUUAUAAGCCGUGAUUAACUUUUGUAUUUCAUUUUUAUGGUGCAUAGAUGUUUUGUGUUGCAAAGAAGUCUUGUACUUUACUUAAAUGAUAAAAAAAUAGAUAAUAAAUAAAAAUGUGUCCAUUAAAUGUUUGAAAAUUAUUUAAUCUCUAUUUGUUCCCCUUUUCUUAUGGAAAUGAUAACUGAAUUUUUACUGUUCAGUAAUGAUAGGAGUAAAGAGUGAAACACCUUUAUCUUUAAUUCAUGUUCCCAAACUUAAAUCAGCAUGAUUUGAAAAAUCUAACCUAAAGAAGUCCCAUUUUUGGUUGUCAGAUGUGCCAAAUAAGUGUAUAUGUCUCCAAUCAUUUGGUCACUUGUAAAAUGUAAUCCAGAAAUACUCGAUAUUUUUUUUCAUACAGUGCAAAAUGUGUUGCUUUGCCUCCAUGUACAAAUUUUAACUAAAAAAAUAAAACUAAUUUGCUACUUUCAA